AUGCCAUUCGAAGAGGUAACGAUAACACUACAAGAUGUGGAAGUCUUAUGGGGUUUAAAAGUUGACGGCCAUGAGGUUUGUGGCACUGAUGAGAGUUAUACAAAAUCUGAGAUUCAGGAAAAAUUUUAUAGUUUAACUGGAAUUUUUUUGGAGGAUAAAGCUAUUUUAAAUAACAAAAAAAUUAACAUGCCAUAUGUUUUAACUGCUUUAAAGUCAAUAGUUUUUUUCGAAAAUCCAACUGAUCACGAAUGUCUUCAACGCACCAGGACAAUUAUUUAUCUUCUAAUUGGUUCUCAUUUAUUCCCUAGUUCUGGGUCUCAGUGGGUCGAUAUUAGAUAUAUAGGCUUCUUAGAAGAUUUGUCCAUAUGUGGGGCGUACAGUUUGGGAGGUGCGGUUUUGGCCUAUUUGUAUAAUCAACUAACCCGGGCCACAAGUAUUAGAACCCAUGAGAUUAGUGGUGUGGUGUUUCUGUUACAAUUAUGGGCCUGUGAAAGAUUGCCUUGCACAAAACCCAAGUUGGACAGAAUCAUAAACUGGAAUAGACCGUAUGGUGCUAGGUGGCAAGAGUUUAAAUUGAGUCAUACGGAUACAACAUCACACGUGUUGAAGGCAUACCGGUCUCAAUUUAAUUCCUUAUCAGAGACCAACUUCAUUUGGACCCCGUAUGACGUGAUUCUUUCAAGAUUACCAGAAAUGUGUCGAAGUGGUGAAGGCUGCUAG